GGGACUACAGAUGCAGCUGCAGUGGUCUCUCUCUUUUCUAUGCUCUUUGUUGAACUUCACGUUGUCAAAUAUCGCGGGAGCUGCCUCCCUAAUCACUACGUAAUGUGCCGUGCUGCUUCUAGCGGCGCUGGUGACAGUGCUGAAAGCUGUUGGGUAUGAAGUGAAACAACUGAAUUUUUGUACCAUCCGCAACUGCUUCAAGUUCAGAUCACGUCAAAGAAACUGAAGAUAAACCUCCCAGAAAAAAGUUGCAUCACUUGAAAACACGUGGGGGAAAAGGAUCACGUCAAGGAUUUAAAGUACAAGUAACCAAAUCCUGAAACGACCAAAGAAAACGCACAUCAGCCCAACUGAAAUGCUGAAAAGAAGCAAUCCUAUGCCCAAGCAUAUUCUGAGAAGAUAACUGAUCUGAAAACAGAAGUUUGUGCCUACUCAACAGCUUUGACAAAGCACACGUCCCAACGCUGCUCCUAGCCCUCCUCAUCCUCGCUGCUCCGCCAACUCACCACCAGGUGUGGAGUGGGCUUCUGUCUGCUAGUCUCCCCCAAUAGUCCCCCCAUCUCUCCCUCCCUCUUCUCCCCCCUCUGUUUUCUUUGUCAUUUUUUUUUCUCAAAGCAGUGUUGUUGCACCUGCAAUUGCCUUUUGUGCGCUAGAUUUCACCCCAUUUCUUUUUUACUUUAUGCAACAGUCUAGAACUUGUGCCAGAAACCUGUAAGGAGAGUGUGUGGUAACUGUUUAUGUGUGUGUGUGAAGAGGUCUGCUAAAACAUCAAGAUCCAGACAUUUGGAACGUUCAAGGCGGCCAUUAAAGCACAUCCCAGUCCUAACUUCUGUGUCAGAAAUGGAAAGGGGCUCCUCCGAACCCCCAGUGGCUCGCAACACUGGCCAAUCCCCACAUACCUCCACCGGCCCCAUGCCCAUACCCCGUUCCUCCUCUGUCUCUUGCCAUCCCCAUCCCGGGAGUAAAAAACACAAGCGGACUCCGUUGUAUCAGAGAUCUAUGAGUUUUGACCCAGGUAUGCUCCAUAACAACGGACACACUGCAUAUGCCAACGGCACAGGACCAGGCAUCAGAGAGACUGGUGUGGUGGAAAAGCUCUUGACGUCUUACGGGUUUAUCCAGUGCUCCGAGCGACAAGCCCGCCUCUUCUUCCACUGCUCCCAGUACAAUGGCAACCUGCAGGAACUUAAAAUAGGAGAUGAUGUAGAGUUUGAGGUAUCCUCUGACAGGCGCACUGGCAAGCCCAUAGCAGUGAAGCUGCUUAAGAUAAAGCCAGAAGUGCUGCCAGAGGAGCGCAUCUCGGGCCAGGUGGGGCCAGACCUGCACGCCUAUCCCUUUACUGUGCUGCAUGGUUAUAUUCAUCCAGUUGUUUCAUCCAUCCCAUUGGAUGGAAAAUCUCCCCCUGGUCAGGUUCCCAGUGGCAGUGUUUGCUAUGAAAGAAAUGGGGAAGUGUUUUAUCUUACUUAUACUUCUGAAGAUGUUGAGGGUAACACCCAUCUGGAGACUGGGGAUAAAGUCAGCUUUUAUAUGGACACCAAUAAGCAUACUGGUGCCGUUAGUGCUCGCAAUAUUCAGCUUGUGAAGAAGAAACAGUCGAGGUGCCAGGGUGUGGUGUGUGCCACAAAGGAGGCCUUUGGAUUCAUUGAAAGGGCAGAUGUUGUGAAGGAGAUCUUUUUCCACUACAGCGAGUUUAAGGGGGAUCUGGAAGCUCUUCAGGCUGGAGAUGAUGUCGAGUUCACCAUCAAAGACAGAAAUGGUAAAGAAGUGGCAACAGAUGUGAGGCUGCUCCCCCAGGGAACAGUUAUCUUUGAAGACAUCAGCAUUGAGCAGUUUGAAGGCACUGUUGUCAAGGUCAUUCCCAAGGUUCCCACCAAAAAUCAGAAUGACCCUCUACCAGGUCGCAUCAGUGCAAGAAUUGGUUUCGCAGACAAGGAAUUGCCUUUUGGAGAGAAGGACACAAAGUCCAAAGUGACCCUUUUGGAGGGAGACCACAUCCAAUUUAACAUCUCCACCGAUCGCAGAGACAAGCUAGAGAGAGCUACCAACAUCGAUAUUCUCCCAGAUACUUUCAACUUCACCAAGGAGACACGUGAAAUGGGGGUGAUUGCAGCUAUACGGGAUGGUUUUGGUUUCAUCAAGUGUGUGGAUCGGGAUGCCAGGAUGUUCUUUCACUUCAGUGAGGUUCUGGAGGAGAGCCAACUUCAUAUCUCAGAUGAAGUAGAGUUCACUGUUGUGCCUGUAGGUCCUGUUAAUAAGCUUUUCACAAAAGAUAUGCUGUCAGCUCAGAGGAACCAUGCCGUGCGUAUUAAGAAACUCCCCAAAGGGACGGUGUCCUUUCAUACUCAGUCUGAGCAACGCUUUGUUGGCGUGGUGGAGAAGGAAGUUAUGGCAGCCACCAACAAGAAUGCAAGUCCCACCAAGGGAAAAGAGAAGGAAGCUGACGAAGGAGUAAUUGCAUAUGAAGACUGCGGGGUAAAGCUCACUGUGCCAUACCAUGUUAAGGAUCUGGAGGGAGGUCAUCCUCAGGUUGGAGAUAAGGUGGAGUUCUCGAUCAACGAAGUGAAGCGAACUGGCCUACAGAGUGCGGUCACCAUCAGGCUCCUCAAUCGUAAUGCCUCGAACGCCAAGAGACUGCACGGAUUUAUUGCCGCUCUGAAAGAUAACUUUGGCUUCAUUGAGACGGCAAACCACGACCAAGAAAUCUUCUUUCAUUAUAGUGAAAUGUGUGGAGACUUGGAUAACCUGGACCUGGGCGACACAGUGGAGUACAGUCUCUCUAAGGGAAAAGGAAACAAAGUCAGUGCUGAAAAGGUCACAAAGGUGGCUCCAGUAAACACUGCGGGCGAUGAUAUUGGUGCUUCAGUGAUGACGGGGAAAGUUAUCCGUCCCAUUCGCAGUGUGGAUCCCUCACAGACGGAAUACCAGGGGCUCAUUGAAGUCGUAGAGGAAGGUGGUGGAAAGGGGCCGACCUACCCCUUUGGAAUCAUGGGAAUGGGAAACAAGUCAGAUUGUCUGCAAAAAGGAGAACUUGUAAAGUUCCAAGUGUGCACAGUUACCCAAACUGGCCAGAAGAUGGCCUGUAAUGUGGUCCCUCAGCGCAGAGCCACUGUGGAAUGUGUCAAAGACCAGUUUGGCUUCAUCACUUACGAAGUAGGUGACAGCAAGAAGCUGUUCUUCCAUGUAAAGGAAGUGCAGGACGGCCUGGAGCUCCAGACUGGGGACGAGGUGGAAUUCUCAGUGGUCCUUAACCAGCGCACAGGAAAAUGUAGUGCUUGCAACGUACGCAGAGUCAGCGAGGGGCCUAAACCAGUGGCAACACCACGCCCCGACCGCCUGGUGAACCGGCUGAAGAGCAUCACCCUCGAUGAUGCCAGCGCUCCUCGUCUGGUCAUCGUGAGACAGCCCCGGGGCCCUGACAACUCAAAGGGCUUCAAUGUGGAACGCAAGACCCGCCAGCCUGGCGUCAUUGACUGAGCAUCAUGUAGCCUGCCCCGUUUGGCGUUGGUAGGAUUCAGCCCCAGGAUCAACAGUGGGGGAUAAGGGAAAGUGAUUUGACACAUGCUCAUACACCACCUCAUCCACAGAUCAUACGCACACAUGCAGCCAUUAACAUGUAUAAUGUUUGCCCCCUUUGACACCUGCAAGGGAACCUCUCUCAUUCCACUGUUCCCUGCCUCCCAUGUAUGAUGUACUUGAUAGUUCCACUCUGCAGUGUACAUGGGAACUCCGAGUGUUUGUGCGUGUGUGUGCGUGUGUGUGCGUGUGUGU